AUGUAUGUAUCAAUAAUAAUAAAAAUAGAGUAAAAUAAUAAAUUUAAUAAUAAUUAAUAGAGUAAAAUAAUAAAUGUAAUAAUAAUUAAUAGAGUAAAAUAAUAAAUUUAAUAAUAAUUAAUAGAGUAAAAUAAUAAAUGUAAUUAAUAAUAAUUAAUAGAGUAAAAUAAUAAAUGUAAUAAUAAUAAUUAAUAGAGUGAAAUAAUAAAUGUAACAAUACCAAUAAUAAUAGAGAAAAAUAAUAAAUAUACCAUAUAUACUUGAGUAUAAGCCGACCUGAAUAUAAGCCCACCAGGACGCUCACCCGAGUAUAAGCCAAAGAGGUUUUUUUCCAGUCCUAAAAAAGGGCUGAAAAAUUAGGCUUAUGCUCGAGUAUAUACAGUAUCUCCCACCUUAAGCGGUACCUAUUUAUCUACUCACAUCCGUUUUCGAUCUGCUAGAUGGGCAGUGAGCUGGGCUGAAGGUACUCACUCCCAACCUUCCAAUUGAUAAGAUUUAUUGCAGCUGUUGCAAUAAAGCCCGGCCUCUGUUGCUCUUGGAAAACUAUAAAUUCCUAACUAUACAUUCCUAACUAUACAUUCCUUUUUAUUAGGGGUGGGGGUAGUGUUGUUUGAUAACAGAAGCAGUCCAUGGGAAAGGGAUCUUGGGUUCUUAGGAGACCACAAACUGAACAGGAGUCAACAGUGUGGCGCUGCAGCUAAAAAGGCCAAUGCGAUGCGAGGUUGCAUCCUUAGGAGGAGUGUUCUAAUUUUUCCAUUUAUUUAUCUCUAACAGUAUGAAACCAGAAAGACCCCGGAAGACCGGCUUGACCCUAAAUAAGAAACAUAAGCCUCUCCCUCCGGUUCAAAACAAAGGGGAGUUGUUUUCCAGACUUGGACCUUCUUCUUUUAUUUCCCUUUAAGAAAAAAACAUCCCUAAGGGAUUCAUCUUCUUCCUCAAUUCAUAUUCUCUUCUUUUUUUCUUAUCCUCCCUUUCUAGGGACGGAUUCGGGUCCCGUUCGGAUGGAGCCGGAGGUCGAUCCCCAAGAUGAGAAACCGCACCGGAAAAGUACGCCGAGAAGACCUUCCCAAGUCACACGAGAAGACGUCGAUGGUUCGGCGGGCACUUCGUUUAAGCCACUCUGCCCGGCCAAACCCUCGCCCAGUUUCCUAGAACUCCCCUCCAGUCCCUGGAGGCCCAGCCAGGGUCUCUCCUACGCCCAGGCAAUCCGGCUCGGGAAAGGAAAGAAACAUUUCUCGCCGGACCACCAGCCCCAGGAAUGCUUUGGCCUGCUGGAGUGCAUGCACAACAACCUCCAGACCCAGACCCAAAUUGCUCAGGCGCAGCUUUCCCUCCUGGAAGACAUGCGGGAGUCCAUGAACGUCCUCCUGGCCCGGCAGGAGAGGAAGAGCGCUGACCCCGGGCGCCCGGCGGAGCUCCAUCUGAAAGGUUCGGCCUCCUCUCCUGACCCUGGUAGCUAGCGAUGGGUGCCUCCACCCGGCUCCAAAGCCAACGCGGAUCAUCAUCCCAUCCCCUCUUCCUUACGCCACCCGCCGCAAUGUACAGUCUCCCCAUAUUAGCCUCGUUCCCAAAUAAAUACAGUUGUGGUAGAUUCUGGA